GUUGAGAAUCUGCUCACAAUCGCUCCGCUACCAGCUGAGCGCUUCUAGCGUUGAUUCAAGUGACCGCAACAACUCACAGUGUUUUCGAAUUCUACACCGUGCGCACACAUAACCAGAAUACCGCGGAAAUAAUUAUUUUUCAAAAACUGAAAUUACAUUGGCCAAUAUUUUGAUGACGAAAACGUAAAGAACGCAAUAAUUUAAGUUACAGCUGCCACUUUAGCGCGAAAAUAAUUGAACGAAUGUAUAUCAAAUGCAAAAUAACAGUACAACUUUGCGAAACGUCGAAAAUUUAGUUGUGCAUUCUACAGCAUGAAAUUGCAUUAGUUACGCUUAACACUUAACUGAGCAAGUCGACUAGCUUUUAAAAUGAGUGAUAAAUCAAGAGAACAAGAUAAAUGGCAACAGCGCAAGAGUAACGAGGAACAAGGACAAUCCCUGUUAACAAAUGGCCAGACGGCGAGGCGAUCAAGCACUGAAAGUGAAAGUAGUAUCCCUUAUAUGGACAGACUCAAUGAUGCCAGCAGCAGCUCCAGUAUCAGCGUAGCGCCGACCACCAGUGGCAAUGCAAGCAAAGAGCAAUUGUUGGAAGACAUUGAUGGGCAGGGGCCCUCAAACGCAGAGAAACGCAAUGUUCAUUUAACCAUCGUUGUACAGGUGGAUGAAAAGGAUAACCAUUUUGAGGCUAAAUGCACGGAACUUUCGCGGCUUCAAAGUGGCGACGGCUUCGUCGGUGGCGACGAAACUUGCUCAGAGUCUCCUGAAAUUUUAGCUACUGCCGAGCCAGUGAGUAGAAGCUUGCGGCGGAAUUCUAUAUCAUUGCCGAUGGGCAUCGAUGCUGUUGAUCUCGAAGCUUUGCGCCUAAAAUACCAAAUGCAGGAACAAGAAGCUCUCAGCGAAGAGGAAAAGAGCGACAGCCAUGGCGAAAGUAUAAACGAUGAUAGUUGCGGUUCUGUUACCCUAACUGUACCAGAAAGGAGUAGUUCAUCAAUAAACCAGAAGGAUGAAGACGAAAGCGACGAUGAAGAAUAUAGCAGCAGCCGUCGAAAAUAUCGAGUGUCAUAA